AAUUAAUUGGUGAAUGAUUUCAAAGGAAGAUUACUUAUGUUCAAUAUGUCUUGGAAUUUUUAUAGAUCCUUGUAGACUAAAAUGCUAACAUGUAUUUUGUCAAUCUUGUCUAUUGGAUUUAAUUGACUUCCACAAUAUCAAAUAUAAAUGUCCAAUGUGCAGAGUUGAAUUUAUCAACAAAGAAAAUCCUUUGAUUAUUGAUCUAGAAUUAUAAGCUUUUGUAUAGAAUAACUUUCCUAACUAAUACUAAUAAAGAGUUGAGGAAUAAAAGAUAAUUAGGUCAUUACUUCCUAAUGAAUUAAAAAUUGAAGUUAAUUAUGGAAAUUACUAUAAAUUUGAGGAUGAUGAAGAUGAUGGUUUACAACAUUAAUGGACUGUACAUGUUAGUUUGGAUUAUACAAAGCAAUCAGAUAAAAUUGCAUUAAACAAUUUGGAUUUAAAUAGUUUAAUUAAGAAUGUUACUUUCACAUUGGAUGAAACAUUCUUUCCUGAUGUAAUUACAGUUAGAUAACCUCCCUUUUUAUUAACUAGAUGGGGAUGGGAUGUUUUUACAAUUCCUAUCAAAAUAAAAUUUAAAAAAGAACAUAAAAUUCAACCAAUCGAAUUAGAACAUCAUUUAGUCUUUGAAGAUGAUGGUAUAGAGAAAAGAUAAAUUGUUAAAAUUGAUAUUAGCAAUUUAUCUUAAUUUUAGGUUUUAAAAUAGAAUUCUUAAUAACAAUUAUAAUAAUAAUAGUGA